GAAAAUCAAGAAUAAACGAGAAUCGUCCAAAUCCAAGAAUAAUAACAUCCCCCCCUUGCCUGUUUCUCCAAAAAAUCCUAACUUCGACUCUGACGAUUCCUCGACUAAUAAUAUCGGCAGAAAAACCAGGCCGCGAGAUGAAAUGCAGCCGAACAAAAAUAAGCAAGAAACGCACAAGUCUAGGAAUAAGAAUAAUAGCCCAUUACCCAUUUCUUCAUCCGCUCCUUCAUCCGCUCCUUCAUCUGCUCCUUCACCCGCCCCUUUAGCUAAGGAGAAAAGAUUGAAUUUCGAUUCGGAUAGCGAUUCUCAGCCUCAUCAUGGCUCUACAGAAACCAGGUCAUCAGAUGUAAAUCAGUCUAAAAGAACCAGUAAAGCAUCACAUGCAUCCAAAAGUAACAGAAACAGUAUUUCGUCAACAACUUCCAAAAAGAGCCGGAAUAGUGGAACGAAUGUUAAUUUCGAUUCAGAUGAAGAGUCUUCACGUAAUAGCGCUGAUAUCAAGUUCGGAAAUCAAGAGUAUCUGGACAGCACAACUACUCGACAAGCGUCAAUCCAAAAGAACACGAUUAGCCGUUCAUCUACUCCAAAUCUGUUUCAAACAAGUGGUGGUGCUGAAGAGAAUUACAAAGAAAGGAAGAAAGUGCAGCAUCUCGAUUCAGCCAAUAAGUUCGGUACUGCAGAUAUCGGGUCUGAGAAUGAAAGGUCGUCCAGCCGAACUAAUCAACGAGCGUCUGUAUUAGGUGAUGAAAAUCAGGGUAACAGACAUGCUCGCAAGUUGGGAGCUGAUAACCCAUUUAAUGAUCCAUUUAAUAGAAAAAAUCGCACCUCGCGUACUUUUAAUUCGAAUAUUCAGCUCACAGAUCAAAAUCAAUAUGACGAGCAAUCGUCUUUCACGAACAUCAACAAGGCAAACAGCUCUCCAAAAGGAUACCAAAACUACGAAACUGAUUAUUCGUCAACGGUUACACCACAGCAAGACGACGGUUCUCACUUACAUGAUGAUGAUUCUUCCAGAAAUGUAGGGGUUGAGAGGCAGCAUGAGCAACCUACUUAUACUACUGCUGAUUUCAUGGCUGAGAUAGAGACUUCGCAAGUAUCGAAUGGUGCUACUUCCGGGAAUCAAGUUCGCAACAAAUCAAAAGCGGUGAGCUCACGAAUUGUCGAUGAACCGAACACCAAAAUAUUCUAUGUGUACUUGCCUAAAAACUUGCCGAAAGAAUGUGAGGCUUGGGUUAUUGGCAAUAUUCCCGAAUUGGGUAGCUGGAAAAACCCAAUUGUCGGUCUUACACGAGUAAAACAAUCAACUUAUUGGCAUUCGGCGCCAGUAGAAAUUCCGACGGUUCGAUUUGGAGAUCACAUUCAAUAUAAGUAUCUUCUUACCGUUCAGAAGAGUAAGAAAUCAAUUUGGAGUUUGCGGGAUUGGUUGCAGACAAAGUCUAUAGUUUAUUUGUAUGAAGGUGAUGGCGAUCGUGAUAACCGCACACUCAGUCCUGCGAAUAACCAAUAUGACAUCUGGAAGAUAAACAGCCAGUACCAUGUUAAUCAUAAAGAUCUUGCAUCGGAAUUUUGCUUUCCUUUACUCAUACUUAAAACAGUCACUGACGCUAAUCUCAAAGACAAAAUAAUGGAGUAUCAAAGAGUACUCAAAGGAUACGAGGACCUCUGUAUCAAAGCAACGCGUUUGAUUGUCGAUACAAAUUCUUUUGAAAACUUGCUAGAUGCACAACGUAUUUUCCUGUGUAUGUUGAUUGGCGUCCUUUCAAAGUCGUCCAGAUCCAAUCAGGAAAUCAAACUUCCGGAAGCGUUUCCAUCGGCUGAUUUCUUGGAUGCGCUUGGUCGCAUAGACGAGAACACUCUGCUCUCAGACACAGAAACGAAACAAUACAUGUUAUAUGCAGUUCGCGCAUUAGUUUGGCAUAAUUCGAGAUUUUCAAAGUCAUUCGAUUGGAUGAAAGUAUUUCACGCGGCAGUCUUUGUAGAUUCAACUUAUUCGUUCUUGAAUUACGUUGAGAGACGCGACCUUGACCCUGACGAAACAAAACAGUUCUGCAAGUCUUUUAUGACUAAUGUCAAGCCGCAUGCUGAAACGACGAGUGACUAUAUGUAUGCGAAACUAUAUGGAGGUUUUAUCGAACGAUCUAACAGCAUUUACGUGCUAUCUUGCAUUUGGACGUCCUUAACUAAACCUAAUGAGCAGUUGACUCAGGCGUGGAAAGCACGUCUGGCCCAAAUAAUCAACACUGAUGACGCAACGAGUUUGCUUAAUUAUUAUUAUAAAGUCCCAAAUGAUCUGGAUAUUGAUUACCGUUCCGUGUUCGUCAAGAGAGCUAUGAUACUGUUCGACAUUCGCAAGAACUGGAAGAAAGACGAUCUCGAUGCAUUUGUAACCUUGUUUAGAGAACUACAAUGGACUUUGGAAGAUCAAUUGGAAGUGCUACGACGUGUAUCAGAUUCCCGGCGCAUGGAAGUAUUAGAAAUAUUUGUGGCUCUAGUGGAAAUCGUUCAUCGAAGAACUCGUCCAAACUCGAAUGUGAAUGAAAGAAUCGAUAAGUAUUGCUCAGAAUGGCUCGUUCGCAUAGUUACUGAGCUGAAGGAAUUACGUAAAAAUGUUCGCACUAAUACACAAAAUAAUGUUUGUAUGACUUAUCGUCAAUUCUCCAUCAUCUAUCCUAUCGUUGCGGACAGACCAAAGGUUAAAAACGGAUUGCUUAAUUUUGUCGAAAAAGAAAUAGAUCAGUAUGGGGAUGAGCUAAUUUAUGCUGCAGCUAAAGACAUAGGAAACUUUUCAGAAAAAGAUAUCGAGACAUCUUUUCGAAAGAUUUUGCGUAGAAGACUUGCACAAUCUUCUUGUAAAGCGGACGAUAUGCUACUGAAAAAAGUUAAACUGAUAUGCGGUUGUGAUGGCGAACAGAUCCGAGUUCCUAAUAGCUUUUGCGAGGAUAUUAUACUUUACAUUUUGACUAAAUUACAAGAAAGUGCUCCGCAUGAAGGCGCUGAAAUCAGCGACGAUUUCCAUAGGAGCUUAUUAGAGUCGUCGAAAUUUUGGAUUAGCCUGCUAACCGCCACAGGUGAAGUAACUCAUAUUAGACAGAAGCAUCUGUAUAGCAUAAGAGUUAUAAAAGCUAUCAAAGAUUUGACGGAAAAGCUUCGAACUCGAAAAAUCUCACUUGGCAUGCUCGAGUAUGUUCUUAAUCGUACGGAUAAAGAUCUCGCUGAAUAUUUGGCUAUUGUUAAUGACAAACAGUCUCUUCCUAUUGAACCGUCAACUUUACGAGUAUUUCGAGACAAAAUCAAAGCCUACUACAAGACUUUACGUGAACUCGGUGAUUUUUAUGAAGGAUUUUGUCAGAGGGCCAGUGACGCUGUAAAGUAUAUUAGUGAUAUCGUUGAAAGAAGAAGUUCUCGUGACAAGAUUCUAUUUAAGGACAUUUGGUCAAACGAACACUGGACAAUGCAUCAACCGAUAAUGACAAUUGCGGAGCGCAUAUCUCCAUACGCCAAAUUAGUAACAUUUAGCAAUGUUUUUGAAAUGUCCUUAAGUAAAGCAAUUGAAGCAGAGACGAUGAAUGUUAUAACCAUUUCUCAGAAAGUCAUAUGUACAGCAUUCGAUGAGUACGAUAAAAUACGAGCUACUCACGAAGAUUGGGCAAAUUUAACGUUCAAGAAUGCAAAGCUGAUAUGGAAUAAUGUCGACAACGCGAGGGAAGAAUUCAACUUCAUGUUGAAAGACACGAAAAUAAAGUCUUCAGAGGAUCUGUUCAGAUAUAUUUUAAUUUUAUCGAAAAUAUCCGACUGGCAAGAGCGAGCGGAAAAUAUGCAUGCAGUUGUGCAAGUUUUCGAAGUCAAGAAUGACAGUGGUUUAGAUUUUGAGCAAUUGAGCACGAGCCUUAGUAAGGAGGAAGGAAUGUUAAAAGAUUGGAGAAAUAAGUUCGAUAAAUUUAACAAAAUAAUCAAAGAGCUCGAUGAAGAUUGUUGGAAGAUGAUCAGGGAAAUGGCCAACGCAUGUGAUUUAUUGAAAUGGCUUUAUGGACUUCGGUCGGACGCGUUGGAAAAUGUAAUUAACGGAGCAGAUGAUCAAUCUGAUGAACAUUUGAUCCAGGAGGACACAGUCUCUGCCCUCAUGGAAGUUAGGCAAUUUGUGACCCCGCUUAAACCACCAGAACGCUUGAAAAUUGGUGAAUUUUUCGCGAAUAUUCGCCAAUUGGCUGGUAAAAACAAAAAUCUUGUAGAGAGAAUCUCGCGUUGCAGUGCAAACUAUUCUGCUCUGAAGAACAUGUACGAUGGCAUUAAUAAUAGGGGGGAAGUCACGAGAGUGCGCAUUAAAAACGCCGCGACUCGAGGAAUAUACACAUUUACCCGUGAUGAAAAUGGAGACCAGUGCUCCGUCGAGUUGUCGUAUGAGACCGAUAAAAUUCCUGAUAAAAAUUCUGAUAAAAAUACUGAUAAAGUUACCGAUAAAGAAAGUACUGCCAGAUACGGCUUAGCUGAAUUGCAGGAUUUGCGAGGUCGUGCUCUACUUAUUGCUAAACAGGAAACAGCAACUUUGGCUACGAACAAAGGAACUGGCGCAGAUGGUUCGGAACAAGAAGAUAAACGUGCAGUUCCCGUGAUGAUGAAAUUCGUUCGUCAAGUAGACUAUGUAUACCAAAUUAUUAAAGUUGCGUCAAAACUUAUAGAAUUGGGACAUUUUGCUUAUCGUAACUUUAAUGCGGUGACUGCCAGUAUUGAAAAUAUGGAAGGAUUACUUCGUAGAUUGCGAGACGAUUUGAAGGAUUGGGAAGAGAUUGUAAGCAAAGCGCAAGAAUAUUACUAUUACUUGACAUUUUACACUGGAAGACAUAUUUUAGCGUUUUAUGAUUAUUUCAGCCAAGAUGCAGUUGUUGACGACGAACACAGGCAACUUUGCCAGACAUUGCUAAAUUUUGUGAAUCCCAAUGCCCAUCUGCCAUCAACCGGCGGGAUUGUGAAACUGGAUUUUGCGAAGCAAAACUAUAGGGACGUGCUACGUAGUAUCGGAGAAAGGCUGUCUGAAAUAUUUGAUCAUGUGGAUGUUGUUGUCAGGGAAAUCCCACCCGACACAAUACAGGAACCAGUCAUCUCUGACAUUGCUCGAACGGGAGAGUUGUUCGUAGCAGCAUGCAAUGACAAGUUUCGAGUUCCAAAUAUCAUUAUGUCGUUGUAUGCUAAUCGCGGCCUAUACCCCGAAUCUUGGCAGGUUUUUAUAUGUCGUACAACGACUACUGCUGAAGAACUCACAUUGUUUGUUAAAAGGUGCUUUUUUGCGACAAGAAAUAAUUAUGGGAAGCAUUUGUUCUGCAUUGCCAAUUUAGAAUUUCUUGAAUUUGAGCUUCAAUACGAUCUAGUCAAUGAUAUAAGAACGCUGCUUGACCGAAGAGAACCAUUCAAUUUAGCUUUAAUCUGUUGCAGAGAAAACGGAAUUCAUCAUCACAUUCUCGACCAGUUUUCGAAACAUGUAGUCAAUACCGUGGGACUCGAGAUAUCUUCUAUGGAAAGCAUGUAUAAAAAACUCUGCCCAAAUGUCAGAUGUGUAUCUUCUGAUUUAUCCGGACAAGGCAAAACAGAAUAUAUAAAGCAAGCUUGUAUGGAGACCAUGUCAAUCCCAAGAACCGUGUUGAUAAGUGACGGAAUGCGUUAUGACCGACUCGUCAGCCAGUUGCAUGAAUGUAAACUAAAGCAUAUGGAGAGUUUGCACUUAAAUAUUGUUUCAGUUGACGAUCCUGCUGAAGUCAAUACCUUUAUUUUUGAAUUUUUGACGCUUGGCAUUGUGUCUAACAGAGUAAAUAUUGCUAGUCUUCCGAAACAAUCUGUAUUCAUAGAAAUCGCAUCUACUAUGGAACAAUAUCUCCUCGAAUCACUACCGAUCGUCAAGUGCUUGCCACAAAAACAUCUUACGUGGGACAUCAACCGCUUUAUCGUCUCAAGUGAGAUUUAUAAUCCGAUACAGAUCGUGUGCCGCUACUUGGAUGCAUUCAGGAGGGGUUCAGUUGAUGACAAUGAUAUCUCUUUUGGACAGGAAGGUGUUCAAGAGCCAUUAUCCGCCGUCCGUUGUCGGGAACUCAUACAACAUUAUUUCUUCGCCGACAACCCAACUACCGUUGCUUCUUACCGAUUUGUAGAGAUUUUUGUAAACGUUUUGGCUGAUCAAUUGGUUCGUCUAUCGUCAAGUUCUUUCUUCCGCGUUGAAAACCUCAAGUUGAUGUCACAAAAUAGCAAAGUAAGAUCAACAUUAUUGGACACGUUACUAUAUGUGUCAAAAGAUUUUGCCACACGUUCUGUCGCGAGCAAAGCCGCACAGUUAGUGUCAACUGCUAAAGACGCAGAUAAAGCGCGACUAGCCACCAUAGCGCAAUGGGAUGACUCAAAUCAUUUACUAGUGUUCUUUUUGUCACAAACACCAGACUCUAUUUGUGCUCUUUAUCGUGAUAGAAAUAAAGUGCCGGAGAACGUUAAACGUCUUUUGUGGAGCCAAAAGGCGCAACAUGAAAGUUUUAAAUCGUUUGCCUUGGAGAACUAUGGUCAAAUGACUCCUCAAAUUCUACAAGAACGUCUGGAAUGUAUAGCUCGUACAUCAAUGGAAAGUAAAAAAUUUGACGAUUAUGCGUUAUCGGCUGAUAAUCUUAUUAAAAUGGCACUUAUUCUGUUGCGAGCACGCGCAAAUAUUCCGGUCGUUAUUUGUGGAGAGGCUGGAUGUGGCAAGACAAGCCUAAUAGCCUAUUUGGCGAGAGUUAUUGGUGUCCCAUUCCGUAAUCUCUCUUUGCAUGCUGGUAUUGUUGAGAGCCAGAUCACUCUAUUCAUGGACAACGGAAAUGCUGAUGCUGAGAAAACUGAAGAUGAAGUAUGGCUAUUUUUUGACGAAAUCAACACUUGCAAUCACAUUGGUCUCCUGGCGGAUUUAAUAGCCCACAGAAUGUUCUUAGGGAAACCAAUCCAUCCGAAUAUUCGCCUGUUUGCUGCUUGUAAUCCUUACCGAUUGUCUGUGAACAAUGAUAACGUAGCAGGGUUAAAGAAAACAAGAGUAUACAAAAGUCAUCUUGUCUAUCAAGUUCAUCCUCUUCCUGAUCAAAUUCUUGAUUAUGUCUGGGACUUCGGUGUGCUCAAAUCCGAAGACGAAAAGUUGUAUAUAAAAAUCAUGGUCGAAAGCGAAAGCGAACUAAAAACGAAUCCAAGGACUUCUGCUAUGAUUAGCGACUUGCUUUUUAGUUCCCAAGACUAUAUACGCUAUAUCGAAGGACCGCAGAGCGUAAGCUUACGCGAUGUCAAAAGAGCGAUCAAAUUGAUUAUAUGGUUCCAAAAGAGUCUCCAAGAUAGAAGGGAACUAAAAGAUCCGAAGCGGAAAAAUAUUAAGUAUAAAUAUCAAGCAGGCAGACACCUGCCCGAGCUUCCCAUUGUUCUAUCAUUGGGACUUUGUUAUCAAGCGCGACUUUACCAUCAGAACGAGAGAUUCGAGUACCGUAGACGGAUGUCAAAGAUUUUCAUGAAACAUAAUAUUUACGUGACCGACGAACAGUUUAAAAAUAUGCUUUACGAUGAACAGAGAGAUUGGAUAGAUAGAAUGACAUGUCCACCGGCAACUGCUCAAAAUGAAGCCUUAUUAGAAAAUGUACUCGUAAUGAUAGUCUGCAUAAUGACACGAAUUCCAGUCUUUAUUAUUGGAGCUCCUGGAAGUUCUAAAUCACUAUCGAUGCGACUUGUCAGCUCUAAUCUUCGGGGCGUUGAUUCGGAGAAUGCGUACUUUAAAACACUGCCACAAGUUAUUGUAAUCCCGCAUCAAGGUUCGUCAACUUCCACGUCUGACGGAAUCGAGAAAGUCUUUCAGAAGGCAACAAAAUUUCAAGAAAAUAGAUCCAGAAAUUUCAACGUGCAAGCGGUGGUUCUUCUUGACGAAGUUGGUCUAGCAGAAACAAGUCCGUUCAAUCCCUUAAAAGUAUUACAUGGACUUCUUGAACCCAGUUAUCCUGAAAAAGAACCGAAGGUGGCAGUGAUCGGAAUAAGCAAUUGGAGAUUAGACAAUAGUAAAUCAAGCAGGGCGUUACUUGUCCAAAGACCUCAACUAGACGAAGAUGACCUUGUGAACACGGCUGAGGCUCUUCUUUUGGAAAAUCAGAAGCACUGGCUCCAGUGGAGGAAUUCGAAUAAGCAUAGGAUACAAAACAUUGCUAGAUCCUACACAAACUACCAAAGAAAUCAAAAAUAUCCCAAUUUUCACGGUUUACGUGAUUAUUAUGCUUUGAUUAAAAGUUUGAAUGAAAAAGAGCUUACCGCGGAAUCGAUACAACUGGCGCUCGCACGAAAUUUUGGAGGCACUGACCAAAUGAAAACAAUAUGCGAAUCUUACUUCGGGAAUGUCUUGAAUGCGUAUAGCAGUAGAUUCUCCGGUUAUCAGUACUCUCCCAUCUCAGUGCAAAAGCUGAUAUAUGAGAACCUGAAAGAGAAAGAUGGAAGACAUUUAAUGGUUAUUGGGAAAAGCGAUUCAAUCGUUAACCUCAUUACAUACUAUUUGAGGUCACUUCAUAUGGAUCCAAUGGUCCUAUGCGGGUCACAAUUUCCUGACGAUGCUGACGGAGACUAUUCUUAUGGCGUACUGAGUAGAAUUAUGAUGUGUGUUGAAGCGGGAAAACCACUUGUACUAACCGACCUGGAUGCUAUAUAUGGGAGUUUAUAUGACCUUUGGAAUCAGAAUUACAUAACACAUGGUAGCAAAGACGAUCCCAAAUACUAUACAAGAGUAGCUUUGGGUGCUUAUGCUAAUCCACUGUGUUAUGUGCACCCGAAUUUCAGAUGUGUUCUUAUCUUUGACGAAAAACAAGUUGCUGCUGCAGAUCCACCUCUUUUGAAUCGCUUUGAAAAACAGCGAUUAACUCUUGGUGACACACUCGACGGGAGGCAAUAUCAAGUAUUUCUCGAACUCAAAAACUGGGUUAAGCAAAUGUCGACACUAAUGCAAAUUGAACACGUCAAUACAACUAGCGGAUUUACCGAAGCAGAUCUAUUUAUUGGAUAUGACGAGGGCGAAACGCUUCAGAGUCUAGUGAUACACGAAUGCAAUAAGAAUGCCAAUACUAAUGACAAGGUUAUUUUAGAAAAUUGUAAGGCAAGGCUUAUGGACAUAGCAUCAUCAGAUGGUUUGGUCAGAGCCAGUCAUUCUUUAGAAACCACAACGUCGGACGAUGCCAAAAUAUGGUGGGAGAUUUAUUUCGGCGGAGGAAAACAUGAUACUAUGGCAGUCUACUUUGGACAAUUGGAAGAACAUGCAGGCGAAACAUACAAAGAAGGCCAUCAACUGAUAAUACACACAUUCAGCAAUAUUAAUACCGACAUAAAAGAAUGUCUCGGCGAAGGAAUAACAUGCCAAGUGGACAAGCUGUCAACUUUCAAAGCCGAAUCCCAAUUACAAAAUAGAGUUAAGCAUUUUUGGUUUGAGAGUCAAGAUGAGUUGCUAGUUCUUCAAUGCGAUCUAUCAAUAACAAAACCAGGCUGUAUCAAGCUAGCAAAAUUUAUUAUUGAGCAAUUCCGUACAGAAUAUCUUGCGAUAAAGAAUGAGAAUAGCAAACCCAAACAUGCAUGUAUUAUAUUACAUCAUCAUAGAGACCAGGGCAACAAAAGCUCAUUCAACUUUAUGUGUGGAUGGGAUCAGAUUACUAUCGAGUCUUUGGGGAACCAAGAGAAACCUUUGUCUGCUCUCCUAAAUAGUAAUCUAUGUGAUGUGAUCGACUCGAUUUAUCCGUUCGAAGAAAUCUUGCAACAAGAGCUGAUUUGGUGCUUGCUUUGUGUUAAAUACCCAUCACCUGCACAAUCAAUCGAUCGUAUUCGACAAUUGGUAGAUGAGAUUUCCGGCAAUGAAGCAUUUAUGGAAAUUUUGAAGAAAAGAAUUAUGCGCUGGAUAGAGGAGAAUGUACAGGAAGACUGGAAACUACGAGUAGCAUUGGAUAAAAAAUCCCUCUACCUUCAUUCAUCGUUUUCAAACGCGUUGCUAGCUCACGUCCGCAUGCUUGUCAGGAAGCCUAUUGCUCAACUAUUGUACGAAUUGGAAAAGCAAAAUGCUCUUCUCACUUACUUCCUCAUUACCAGGGAAGUGGCCGAUAAUGAAAGUCUACUCCGUUUGUGGGAGGAUAUGUUCAUGGAUGAAAAGAUUAUAGAUAUAAAUCUGACCACAGAUCCAAAUCCAGAAGUUUAUAAUAUGACAAAUCACCUGUACAAUCUUCGAUUCCCGUUCUCAUCCUAUUUUAUGGAGCAAAUUAACAGUUUCAAACAAUUGUAUAUGGAGGCAAUCACCCUUGCAGAAGAACAGGAUGAGAACUUUGACGAAUAUGGGGAAUUGUUGCCUAACGUGAUUGAAGAUGAGUUAACGAACUUUGCUAAGAAAGUUGAAUACCUUCUGCCAUUACUCAAAUCUGUUCCGUCUUCAGAUCUUUAUUUCAGAGAUUUUGUGACCGUUAUCGCUUCGAAUUAUGGCGGUGACAGAAUUUGUCAAUUUCUCGCUAACCUUAUCAGUCAUACGAUUGGCAAAGAGAAUGUGUUGGAUCCUAUCAAACUUCAUGCAUGCUGGUGGACAAAGUCAGACGCUGUGCUGGCGCAAUUGCAGUUGACAACAUUAUGUCCCACUAUCAUCAAUGCCGCGCUUGAUUACGAGGACGAUGAGGCUAAUAAUUUUGAGCAAGAAUUGGUCAAUGAAGCUACUAGUAUGGCGCUAGAACGUUUGGAAGAGCUCGCAGAUUCUGACGAUCAGGUGACACAAUGGCAAUUGGAUGCAACGCAAAUUUUGUCUCAUUGCGUUCAAAUUUCAGUAUCGUCAUCGGUGAUUUCAUUUCAGUUACUUAGAAUAUGCACUUAUUUGCUUUCAACUCGGGCUAUCCCUCUCAAUCGGCUCGUACAACUUGUCAGAGAAAAUGACGAUAUCUUGGAGGAUAAAUUUAUAAGCGAGAUAUUCAGUAUUAUGAAUGGAUUUGAGCCGACAGAAAAGAAUUUCUUCUCCCGUCAAGCAUUUAUAACACGCUACAUGGAUUUGAUUCCUAUUGAUUCACCCGCAAAAAUACUUCUUUAUGAGAAAAUAUUUGCGCCGGCAGAACCGUUACCGUUUACCGCAUCAGUCGUUAACCAUAUUUUUGAACAAGUUGAGGGUAUCUUUAAGGCAAUAAUCAGAGAUUUUGAUGGCGCAUUAGAAAAUUCCCAGCACUUACAAAUUAUUAAUAACGCACUCUCAAAGCAUAGUCCGGAUUCUCAAAUAGCAGCUCUUUGUUGUGAUGUCAUUCAGCAGAAUGGCUUUCGCGAAUUACGCAUGGAAGAGCUUCUACAACUUUUUUCUGAAGCGACUCAAACUCUCCGCACCACUACGGCUAGUGUCUUACAGAUCAUCUGUUCCGUCGCCUUAUUGAAAAAAUUUGUCCAUACACUUUGUGAUUCUAUCGACUUGGAGAACGCAUUGGAGCAUUCGAUUCAAUUCAACUUUAUGGAAGUAGAUGAACUGACGGAAAAUAUGAAUUACAUAAUGCGUUUCGAUCACCCGCAAAUUUACUCUAUCAAGGUUUACUUCAUGAAACGUCUUCGUUCUCGUGGAUUUACACUAGACGACAUUAGGAAAUUUAGCAACAUUCAAGGUCACGUAUUUCCUUGGCUAGGCGACUUAAACUGGGCUGAUAAUGAAGACAACACUCGUCUUCCCUUCAAUGCAUACUAUAUUACUCCAGGAUACGCGAACGCCGAAAUAGCUUAUGCAAGCUUCAGUAGGAUUCACGACAGGGCUCCCAUACGUGAACUUAUACAAGAAGCAGAUAAACCUAACAAUGUUAAUGAACGCCUUAAUUUAAUGGGCAUAAUUGUAAAUCAUGUAUAUGCUGUAAGAACACGAGGAUGCAGUCAAGUCGAAACAAAUGCUGCUGGAUUUUUUGGCGUGCAAAUUAACUUUAUGAAACAUUCGGUAUACAAGAGGGUAGCCAUAAGCGUUGUCAACGAUAACUAUCCCCUAUUGCGCCUUCAUCCACAAAUUAACAACACAGAGUUAAUAAUGAAAUCCGUUCUAAUGCAUAUAAUUGCGGUCCAUGCAUCGCUUCCAGAGGAACGUUCGCCGUUGACUUUGUAUUUGCAUAGACUGGGAAGAACGAGAAAUAGUUUCAUAUUGACAUCUUCCUCAGAUGAACAGUCUAAUACACGUAUUGUCAAAACCAACCUCACUCGGCAUCGAUGUCGGUGUGGCUAUAUUUACAUAACAGCUAAUUGCGAAGGAGUAAAUGCGUCUCAAGAAUGUCCAGAAUGUAAGAAGAUGAUUCUUGGCGGCGAGAAUUACGUAAUAGCCACUGGCCAGACAAAACUAAACGCUAACCCAGACCAUCCAGGUUACAUAUUUGAAGAUGUGACACGAGAUACUAAAAAAACCGUGCGCGCACUGACUCCGACUGCGUACCGCAUUCUCCAUCUUUUCGUACAUACUUUGAUUGGAGUCUCUGGCACUGUACAAACAGCCGAAGAAUUUCUUAACGCUUAUGGUGACGUCAUACAAGACCCUUAUUUAUAUUGCCAGCAACAUAUAAUAAAUGACUGGGAAGUUUUGAAAGCGCUUCUUGCAUGCAACGAUGAAACUCUGGCAUUGGUCAUGCACAGUAUUCUGUAUUCUAUUUUGGAAAAUAAAACCAACUUAAGUCCAUACUUGACUACCGCAGAGGCUCGGAAUUUGUGGGAACAAGAUUUUCUCAAUACACAUGUUAACCCAUUUACAAGAAAUGUGUCAGCCACAGCCACGAAUUUACGAGAAAAAUUGGAAAGGGCUAAAGUUGAUGGAAACACGCAAACAGCAACGUUUGAGGCUGAAAUAGAUGAAGUUUAUCAGAUGCCUGAUACGGAUCGUAGGCUACGCCUACCAAGACUAUGGAGACACGUUGAGCCUGCAAGCAAGAAGGGUUUUAAGGCAUAUUUUAUCAACAAUCCACAGUACAAAGCCGCUUUUCCGUUCCUCGACUUAUUCUUUGAGUUUGAGGAAAAUUUGUGUGCCGUAAAACAUCUACGAUCUCUUGUGAAAUUUACUCAAAUCUUGGCGAGGCGCCUGGCGUAUCGAAUGACACGACAAGAAGCGAAGACUACGACAUUCCGAGAUUUUAUUAAUCGUGAGGAAAACAAAGAUUCGAGACAAUCUCUUGAAACUGCUUUCGAAAAUUUUAUGGAAGCUUGGAAUGAAGUUCGACACUUGGUAGAUGCCCCUCAAAUUUAUGUGGACACGCGUAUUAUUUUCGGACUGAUCGAAAACCGAGAUGAAGGACUACAUUUGUACGCCAUGUUGAAAAGUUUGAUGCAACUUCAAAACAAAUUUCUCGCAAAAGUUAUCCUCAUUCCACCUGGUCGUUGUGGUUCGCUAAAGUUUAUUGAACGCCAGGUGAUGACGGUUCAAAAUACUAUUACGACGCAAUAUUAUAUAAAAUCAGUUCGCUUACAAGACGCGCGACGAUCAAACUUAGUAGACUACGAAUGGAACGAUGAAAUUCUCAAGUAUAGUCAGCAUAACUUGGAUGACAGUCGUGGUCAAGAAAUUUCUUACGAUCUGUACAAAAUUGAAGCAGAGCUCGCCCGAUGGAUUGUAUUUAACAAAGUAUUUUUAGAAGACAGCAGCGAUGACGAAAUAUCAUUAGGCAUGUUCCCUUACCACAGGGAAAUGUUUCGAGGUUCGCUCGAUAUUCUUCAAGACAUCAAACGUGAAAUACCUCAAGAACCGAUUCCUCAGGCGCUAAUUGAGUCAAUUACCGGAUCCAUGGAGAACGGUAGUAUGGAGGAUAACCGUUUGCUGGAGCGUCCGCAUGUUUUAUUAUCCGCUCUUGAGAUCCUGAUAUGCUUUGUGAAAAGAACAAACCACAACGAUAACCAAGUCCUUAUCAAAGAUUAUAUUAGCGAUUGGCUAAAUUUAUCGACUUUUGAGCAUAACGAGGAGAUAAAAAAAGUACUUGGUUUGAAUUUAAAGCUCAUGCAUGUGGUCUCGUUAUAUGAACUGGCGGAAGACCGAGUAGGUGACGUAGUCAUCAGUUCCAUUGAUGACAAGUAUAAGGAGCAGCUUACGAGCGACUUGGUGAGCGACAUUAAUGACGCAUGCACAUACGACAAUGCCGCUGGUAAGAUUCCAGCCGCUGCCUUUGCUAGAGCUUUGAAACGAUUUGCAUUGAGGUGUCUGUCAGUAAGGCGAGAGCCACCUGAGACUUCUCUGUCGCAAUUGCUGGCAUCAAAAAAUUAUUGGACGGAUAAUGUUCCUGAAGAACUUCUUGUAAGUCAACUACCGAAAAAAUUAAGAGUUUGCCACACAUACUCUGCCUACAUGACGAUCCAAAGCGAGAUUGAGUGGAGGAAUAGUCGCUCCAAACGAACGCCAAAAGGUUCAACGUUUGCGCUGCCGUCGAAACCCAAAAGGAAAAAAUUUGCCGACACCUAA